AUGGAUUAUUCUACGAAUGGAUUACAGUUUGGAUCUCGUAUUGCGCAAUUGAAUGUAACUAUUGAUAACGGUAGUAUGAGGAAUGUUCCUACCUCAGCAAAUGCAAUGGAGAUCUUUACGGCCAAUGAAAGUGGACUCUAUGGGACGAAGGAGUCCCCUUGUGAGGCCCCGAGUAUUGUGGAAAUAAGUAAAUAUGUUUAUAUUUACGUAAUCCCCGUGAUUACAAUAAUGGCGCUAAUAUGUAAUAUGCUUUCUUUUAUCAUAUUUGUAUCAAAGUCGUUCCGCUGUCACUCGUUUGCCUUGUAUUUGGCUUGCCUGGCAAUCACCGACACCCUCUCUAUAGUGUCAAACUUUUUAAGGGAGUGGCUGGGUAAAUUAUCAGAUAUGAUUCAUCAGGACCAGACUUUCGAUGUUUAUAAUCAGUCGGAUGCCGCUUGCAAGAUUAUUAACUUUGUUUCAUACUCUUCUCGAAUGAUAUCAUCUUGGAUGCUGGUCGCGAUGACAACGGAGAGGGCACUUGUAGUAAUGUUUCCAUUGAAACGCAUUCUGAUUUGUACGGUUUCCAUGGCGACCAAGAUUGUAAUUGGUGUUAUUGUUGGUGGCUUGGCAGUGGGUGUCUACCCCUUGGUAAUAGGCAAAAUGAAAGAGAGCAACGGUGAACUAUUUUGUUCUCAUAUUGAGGGCUACGAGGAAACAACUUUUUAUUUUUCCAUUGGAUACAUGGUCGUCAUUAUAAUUAUACCUUUCGUUGCCAUAUCAGCUUUGAAUACUGUGAUCAUCUGUCGGACAUUUGGGCGAACAAAGAGUCUUGGGCGGUUGACAUCCAACGUGUCCCGUGCUAGCAAUGCUAGUAAGAGAGGGGACGUCAAACUAACUAUCAUGCUUAUAACGGUUUCCACGUCUUUUGCCAUAUUGGCAGUCCCGUAUACUAUCGCGUGGGCCAUUUAUUUCAACGAUUUCCUCAAUGCUAAAGCCAUGAACUUAAAGUGCAACGUUGUCGUGUUACAUUCCAAUGCAAUCAAGGGUAUCACUGACAUUAUCUUCAACCUGAACUAUUGUAUCAACUUCUGGCUUUACGCUAUCAGCGGGACAUCUUUCAGGAGACAAUUGAGGUUACUCUGCCAGUGCGGACGAUCUUGGUCAUUCAAGAAAUUGCGGGCAUCACGCUCUCAAAACAACAAUUGCAACAGGGAUAGUGGUGACCCUUACGGGACUGAAGUUACAAGCACGCUCACUCGCGUGUCAAGAUCUGAGUGCGAUUUGGCAACGCACACAACAUCAUGUCUGUAAUCUUGGCAACACACAAUGCAUAUACGUUACUUCGGUAACACAAGUGCAUUGUACUAUAGCGUACUUUGACCAUAACAAUGCGAACAUUAUACGGCUUAUAGACUUUUUUAACACGCAAUAGUUUCUUUGGGAGUUCGAUCGUAUCUACAACAUUCAAUAUUGGUAUCGACACAUUUGGAAUCGUGUGUGUAUCCAUGGUAACAAGCACUAUAGUUUGUGUGUAUUAUUGGUAAUGAAUACACACAACAUAUAUAGCCUUGGUAAAGACUUUGACAUCACAUAUGGUUGCUACGUGUCAUUGGACGUGAUAGUAACACACCUAACAGGAG